AUGACGCCAAUCUUGCAUCUCCCUCCAGAGAUCACUGGCUACUUAAUCGAACAUCUAUCGCUUGACGAUCUCUUAUGCCUACGCCAAACGUGCCACACGCUAAAUCAUAAUACAUUUCACCUAUUCGCCCCUAAUGUAUUUACCAAAAAUCACUUUGGCAUGCGCCGCGUUAUGCUUGAGCGCCGAAGCUUGGAAGCCUUAGCUCAUAUUGCCGAGCACCCUACUCUUGGUCCGUUGAUCAAAGAAGUGGAAAUAAGUACCAAUCAUCUCUUGCCGCUUGAUGAGCUCCGCAAGAUUAAACCGCCUUCUAGACCUAUAUCAGAGAUCGAGGCCAUGUUAGAACGCAGGAGAAAUGGCCAAGAUGAAGAGACCGGGGAAGAAGAAGUAGAGGAAGAGGAGGAGGAAGAGGAGGAUGAAGAGGAGGAUGAAGAGGAGGAUGAAGAGGAGGAUGAAGAGGAGGAUGAAGAGGAGGAUGAAGAGGAGGAUGAAGAGGAGGAUGAAGAAGAUGCAAGUAACGAAGGAUCCGAGAGCAAUCAUCAUCGCUACUACCCUCACCUACGCCUUCUAAACAAAGAGGCUUAUCGCAAGGCUUUUCAUGACCAGGAGGAACUCAUCCGGUGCGGAGACGACAUCAAUUAUCUCACGCGGGCUAUGAAAAGCCUUGUUAAUUGCGUUACCAUAAGAAUCACUGAUGAUAAUCGGAUCUGGGGCUUAAAGCGUCUGCAGAAAGAAAUCGGCAUACUCCCGCAGAGGUGUCUUACCUUUAAGUCGCCAAAAAGUGUCGAGCUGGUCCGCCGAAUGCUACAUGCUCUGUUUACUGCACUUGCCGAGGGCAACGCCUCCAUUGACUUCCUAGAGAUUACUUCUGGCUCCGUUGUCGAGAAUGCUAACCGCAUAAGCCCCGACAUGCUCGUUAAGCCCACAUCCGCGGCUUUGGAUAACUUUCGGCUUCAUACCUUAACUACUCUGUCUCUCAAUCUCGAUUCAAAGUCUCCCGAGCAUAACGCUACUUCGAUUGACUGGUCAUACGACCUGAUUCAAUUCCUCCAUCGAUUUCCGGAGCUCUCUCAGUUUAGUAUCGAGUUUGAAUACCGCGAUGAAGACAGAGGCAGCUUUACCGGCUCCCCUGAAUGGCGGUCAUCAGACUUCCACACGACGAACUACGCUACCUAUACCCGCUUCUCGAAGCUUUCUCAGUUGCUUUUUAUCCCAAAGCUGGAGAUUGUCCAGUUAGGGCUGUUUGACUGCACUGGCAUGGAACUUGCCCUUUUUCUCCUUCGCCACCAGAGUACGCUAAAAGAUAUUCACCUUGAUGGUAUUGUUCUUAUUGAUGCCGAUGGUGAAAUUGGGAGCUGGCUUUGGCUCCUUGAG